AUGGGUACGCAAUCAAGUCCCUCACGCCCUUGUUCACCUCUUUUUAUGAUUCACCAAUCUGAGGUUCUUUUUCCCCCGCUGAUAGAAACAGACAAUUUGCUUUCUGUAUUCCCCUUCCGCCUCAGCUUUCUCACGCGCAGCGCGCAUCUUGCACAAGAUUUGACAUUGAGUACAAUAAGACUAAAUUCUCAUUGUUAUUCCAAUCUAUCUAUCUAUCUAUCUAUCUAUCUAUCUAUCUAUCUAUCUAUCUCAGCUCAUAUCACUAUCUAUCUAUCUCAGCUCAUAUCACUAUCUAUCUAUCUAUCUAUCUAUCUAUCUAUUUCAGCUCAUGUCGCUAUCUAUCUAUCUCAGCUCAUAUCACUAUCUAUCUAUCUAUCUAUCUAUCUAUCUAUCUAUCUAUCUAUCUAUCUAUCUAUCUCAGCUCAUAUCACUAUCUAUCUAUCUAUCUAUCUAUCUAUCUAUCUAUCUAUCUAUCUAUCUCAGCUCAUGUCACUAUCUAUCUAUCUCAGCUCAUGCCACUAUCUACCUAUCUAUCUUAGCUUAUAUCACUGUCUAUCUGUCUAUCUAUCUAUCUCAGCUCAUAUCACUAUCUAUCUGUCUAUCUAUCUAUCUCAGCUCAUAUCACUAUCUAUCUAUCUAUCUAUCUAUCUAUCUAUCUAUCUAUCUAUCUAUCUAUCUAUCCCAGUUUUUAUCACUGUCUGUCAUAGUUUUUCAUAUCUAUCACGCACUUUCAACACUAUCUAUCUAUCUAUCUACAGUACCUUUAUAUCUAUCUAUCUAUCUAUCUAUCUAUCUAUCUAUCUAUCUAUCUAUCUAUCUACAGUACCUUUAUAUCUAUCUAUCUAUCUAUCUAUCUAUAGUACCUUUAUAUCUAUCUAUCUAUCUAUCUAUCUAUCUAUCUAUCUAUCUAUCUAUCUGUUGUGGUAG